AUGAACGGUAUUACCGAGCCGUUACCCGGCCUCCUUGACGACCCUCAAUUUCAGAUCACCGAUUUGCCUGCACUGACCGACUUCCAUAUUGCUCCUCUUCGAAACCCUGCCCCAAGUCGCCAUGCAAAUAUUCCUCUACCUCUCGAGCCUGUUGCGCGCAACAUCCACAGCAACAGCAGAGCAACCAAGAGCACCGGUCCUCGCGAAGAUGACUCUGAGAAGAGGCGGGCACCUAAGAUCACUCCCAGUGAUGUGCUUCUGGCGAGGGAGGCCAAGAAGCCGCAUCUGGCCAUCAGUGAGCUGCUGGAAGCCAAUGACGGCCCGGACAUGGUCCCUACCCACUUGCCCUCCUUCAUCAGUUUGUCUGUAGUCGAGAAGUCGCCUAUACAGGCUCCGUCACCCUUGGAACACGGCCAUGCUCAGAAACGGUUGAGGUUGGACGCUGACGGCGAGGCUGUCGCUCUUGAGAUGAUAAGGCAUCUCCCGCGUCCUGCUCAAAAGGAAGACCGAAAAAACAGGCCUGCUCCUCUCUUACCGGCUAUGGUCACAGGACUGCACGAGCCUCCUCCAUCUGCGGCUCUUCUACCAUCUAUCGACGUUGCCUCCAGACCUGCUGCUCCCCGUUCCACGACCACUUCUAAAAUCCAUGUCAAGGAUAUGCUGACUGAGUCGGAUCCAGACUCAGCACAUUGGACAGCUCCACCUGCCACGGUGGUUGAGAAACAAGUACCCUCUGCGCAGGAAACUGUAGCUACGCAACCAACUCCAGUCAACGAAACUGUCCCAGCCACUACGCCAUUGACUCCUUCUGUGGUCCCUUGGAAAGACAACAAGCCCCGCCGUGCCCGCCGGAAGUGGAGUGACAGUGAGACAAGAGAUCUUCUAGCUGGUGUGAAGAAAUAUGGGAGGGGCAAGUGGAAGGAAAUACUUGAUGAUCCAUCGUUCAAUUUCAGCGAACGGAGUUCGGUCGACCUGAAAGACAGAUAUCGUGUCUGUGCGAACAAUGAUUCGUUUCCCAGGUCAGAAACAAAUGCGAGCACCACCAUCACUGUCCCAGAACAAACCGCUUCCAUGGAAGGUGAAGGACCUUCGCUUUCACCAAUGAAAGUCGCGGAGGGUGAGUCACCCCUUGAACAAGGCCAUCCUCCGAAACAGCGCCGUAAGCGCCGGGCUUGGACAGUCGCCGAAGAUGAAAGCCUACUGAAGGGUGUGGCCAGGCAUGGAUUUCAGUGGACUGCAAUUCACGAUGACCCUGAGCUCGACCUGGCGCAUAGACGGGCUACUGACCUUCGAGAUCGAAUAAGAAAUAAGUUUCCAGAUGGGUACAAGCAUGCUGAAACUGCGCCGUUGAGAUCGGAGGUCAAGAAGGCAGAGAAGCUCGCAGUUUCUUCCGCAGGCACUCCUGAUACUCCUAACCCGGCCAGUGCUGUACCUGCAGCCAAGAACCCGCCGUCGUUGGUUCACAACAGCAUCACGGCGGCAAUGCCUGUCAAAGCGAGCACAUCAAACUCAACGAGGGCAGUCAGUGGCAAGGUGAAAUCGUCGACCUCCGCUAGCUCACUGACAAUGCUGCUCCGUAGCGACGACAUGGAUAUGGAGCCUACUAAGGAGAAAGCCGAGAAAGAGAAGGACAGGGACAGGGAAAGAGACCAGCAAGUGGGGGUAACGCUACCGAGCUUUACUCUUGAAGUCGAUGACGAUAUGGAUUGGGAGGAUAAUCGGCUGCCACCCCUACACGAGUGGGACGAAAUCGGGAUAUGA